AUGGCGGCUGACGAUCAGCUGCUCAGUCCUUCCGCGACGUUGCCGCACAACCUCUUGGAUGCGCUGAACAACGGGGAUGACGACCUGAUGGAUCCCCCGCCUGGCUUGGCUGAGCCGGCAGGUUUGGACGGGCCCGGGCUCGCUGGAGAGUGGAGUUGGAAGACUUCCGCGAAAGAUUUCGUGCCCGGCACGUUCGGAGAUGUUGGAACGGCUCUCAGUUCCUCAGGAUCAACUUUUGGAGGGUCUCACUCUCAUUCAGGACUGACUCGCUCGCCAGUGGUGGGACCGAGCACAAGCGCCAGUUCUGCAGCAGGGUCGCCAGCGCUGGGCCCAGUGGCUUGGACUGGGACUGGGAAGACCGGAUGGACGGGCAUGAACCCGGAUGGAUUGAUGCCCAUGGCUGUGGAGACAGAUGUGCUCGGAUCACCCAUUGCUAUGGAUGGGCUGGACCCGGCAGAAGCUCUUGCCAUGGAGGCCUGCCAGGGUGAGGAGGACGAUGCCGCGCAGUUCUACGUCCAGCAGCAGCUCUGGUGUUUGCAGCAGGUGAAGGAUCAGAUGGAGGUCGAGUGGCAGAAGGAGAGAAAAGCUAUGAUUGAUCAAAUAGCUCGAUUUCGCGCUGUGCUGACUCGGUAUUCGAUUCCGCUGGAGGAGGUGGAUGACAAGAUGGAACAGCUCCUGAAGGAGAUGCCCCCUGAGGAAGACACGCCGCCGACCUUCAUGACUGCCAAGGAUGUUUGGGAGACACAGGCUUGGAAAGGCAGCGGCAAUCCAAGACGAGGUUCGGGAGCCUCUGGAUCUUCCGACAUGCCGCUGGAUGAGCCACUGCGACGACCACCUGGAUUGGAAGAGAUCGAAGAAGGAGAUGUAGCUUCGACGCUGAAGGCGAUGUUCCCUCAUGCGAAGGUGCGUACCGGCUCAGAGGGCACAUCUGAACAAACUGGCAAUGAAGACGAGGGGGCAGACUCUCUUUCAGAUCCCGAGGUGAAGAGUCGCUUGGAGGUGUUGCAAACCAGUACCAGUAGCGAACUGGACGAUCGCGCCUUGAAGUCCUUGGGCUCCUUGGAGGCCGCCAAGGCUCUCGAGGUCCUUCAGAAGGUGGAAGAGCUGGUGGAGGCCCAGGGAGGAGAAUGCCGGAAUCUAUCCUCGAUGCUGCAAUCGGUCUGCCGCAAGAUGGAGCGAAAGAUGCUCUCGGAGACGAAGGCCGGCGUGAAUCCAGGUGACGAGCAAGGCACCUCUGUCAGGCCAAAGGCAGAGGAAAGCAAAGAGUACUGGACUGUGAAGCGCGUCGAGAAGGCUGCUGAGCGCGCCUUUGAGACGUGGUAUGAGGGUGAUCGCUGGCGACUGAAGUUUUCCAUGACAGGCCUUCGUCGGCAAGCGCUGGCAGGUACAGGAAAAGUUCUGAGGGCCACCAAGCCGAUACCAAGCUCUGCCAUUCUUGGAAGGAUGCGAACGGCCCCAAGGUUCUUCGUCAAUGCCGGGCCGAGGCUCGCGUCUCUCUCACCCAUGGCCCCGCCCCAGAGUCACAACCUGGAUUCCAUCGACGUCUCUUCCGGCGAGGAGAAUGACGGCGAGAAGCUACCUGGACUCUCUGGAGCCACCUACGACACGGGAUAUGCACACAAGCAUGAUCGUGAGACGUCUGUGCCUAUGGCCCAGGAGCUUUUUUGGUUGAAGCGGCAGGCACGCCGAACGGUCCUCAAGCGCCUGGCUGAGGAAGCCGCGGAGUUCGGGCCGGCGCUGCGGCGGAAGGCCGCAGAGCUGCGCGCCAGCGCUGCGCGGCGGCGCCUGGAGUUGCUCCGGGCUGGGCAGGUGGAGCAAUACGAAGCCUUGCUGUCGGAGACGAAGGACAAGCGGAUGCAGGAGGUCCUGGAGGAAACGAACCGCAUCAUGGCCGAGAUCGGGCCGCUCUCUCCAAGGCUGGACGAGAAAGUCGGGCAGCCCCGAUCAUUGCAGCACGGGCAGCUGAUGCCCCAUCAGCUCGCGGGCCUGCGCUGGCUGGCCAGGUUGGUGGACCAUCGUUUGAGCGGCAUCCUCGCUGAUGACAUGGGCCUGGGAAAGACGGUCCAAACUCUAGCGCUGCUGGCCUUUCUGGCCGAGAGCCGGAAUCAACCAGGAACGCACUUGGUGAUUGCUCCACUGAGUACCUUGCAAAACUGGGUUGACGAGAUCAUGCAGUGGGUCCCAAGUUUUCGCUACCUGGUCUAUCGCGGCAGCGAAAAGAGCCUCUCAGCCGUGGAGAAAGCUGUCAUCUCGCCAGACCGACAUCACGCCAUCAACCUGGUGAUCACGACCUACGAGACGGUGGCAAAUCGUUUUGCGUUCUUGGGCCAUCACCCUUGGCACUGCGUGGUAGUGGAUGAGGGGCACCGAAUCAAGAACUUCCAUGCCCGGAGCAGCCAAGCGGUGAGGCGCUUGCCAUGCCAGCAUCGCUUGCUUUUGACUGGCACUCCCAUCCAGAAUUCUUUGCGAGAGCUUUGGAGCCUCCUGUCGUUCGUGGCCCCCUCCGCCUUCAACUCUCUGGAGAACUUUGAGCAGUGGUUUGCCUUGCCGGCCCCUCCAUCAGUUCGCCUGGGUGCUCAGGAGGAGGCCGAGGUACGCCAGUUGCUUUCGGAGGAGGAGGAGCUGCUCAUCAUCCAGCGGCUGCACAAGGUGCUGCGUCCUUUCCUCCUCAGGAGAACCAAGGAGCAGGUCCUCACCGAUCUUCCACCAAAGACAGAAGCAGUGAUUUGGGUUCCACUGUCGUCUUGGCAGAAGGUGCUAUAUCGGAAGGGCCUCCGCACAAUUCAGCGUGUUGCAGGUCAGGCAAAGUUGAGUUCGGGCGGCGUGUCUGCCAACGCAAUGUCGGGAAUGGCCUUGCGAAAGGCCGUGAAUCAUCCCUUCCACUACCUGAGCAAGAAGGCCGCGUCUGGUCAGCCUGUGCAGGAGCUCAUCCGUGCAUCGGGCAAGUUUGAGUUCUUGGACCGGUUCCUCCCAAGGCUGGUCAAGUUGGGCCACAAGAUUCUGAUCUUCGCGCAGAUGCGGACAUCCCUUGAUUUGCUUCAACGCUUACUGGAUCACUUGGGCCUUGGCUUCUCGCGCAUCGAUGGGUCCACCGUGGCGAAGAAGCGCGCGGCAGCCAUCAGCAGUUUCAGAAGCGACGGCUCGAUUUCUGUGAUGUUGCUGACCACCAAAGCUGGCGGGCUGGGUCUGAACCUUCAACCCGCCGACACGGUGAUCCUCUUUGACAGCGACUGGAAUCCGCAGUCCGACCUGCAAGCUUGUGAUCGUGCCCAUCGGAUCGGCCAGACACGGCCUGUGCUCGCCGUGCGCCUCAUGACCCCCACGGCCAUGGACCGGGGACUCCUGGAGCGAAGCUCCAAGAAGCUGGAUAUGGAGAAGAAGGUCAUCCGUGCCGGACACUUCUCUGACACGACAACUGAGAUGUCCAAGUCGCUGCUUCUGCAGUUGGUGAAGGAGGCACGCCAGAGCAGAGGUGAGGGCGGAAGUCGCGCCCACAACCUGAUGGAGAUGAACCGGCUCAUGGCUCGGUCGGACCAGGAAAUGGAGUCCUUCACCCAGAGCGACCUCGAGUUGCUGGGUGUCACAGACGAUGCAAGCACGACGGAGGAGAUUCUGGAGCAGGCGGGCCGCCUUAUUCGCAUCGACGAUGUGUCCAAGCGGGCCUGCCGCAAGCACCGCCUCUCUGUGAGGGCCGUGGUGGAGAGCCUUCAAUCCACAAGCCCCAAGCGACGCCGCCUCUCCAAGCAGUCAUCCUGA